AUGCCCUUUUCUCUCGAAGAGUAUCACGUGGGGCACACGUACAUGCGGUCGCGCAUGCAGAUGGAGAACACCAAGGGGCGCGAGGGCGUCGAGGUGAUCUCUAGCGGGCCGUUCAGAGACGCGGUUCUGGGCGAGGGGCACUACUCGCACGUCGUGCACCACUUUCAGGGCCGCGCGCCCGCGUGGAUCCGCGCGCUCGCGCCGCGCAAGGCGCUGCGGCUGGAGGAGAAGAACUGGAACGCGUACCCGCGCAGCCGCAUGGAGCUCCGCUGCCCGUAUUUCACCAACUUCAAGAUAGUCGCUGAUACGUAUCACAUCGCUGACCGAGGCGACACGGAGAACGCGCUGAAUCUGUCAAAAGCUGAGCUGGAGCUACGCAAGGUGGACCACUUGGACAUCGCGUCGGCCGACAGGGACAUGUGGUCGCGCAUCAUCGCGCGGAAGUGCACCGACCCCUCCAAGAUCGCCCUGCUUAAACUCAACCGCGGCCCGCUCGCCCCGGGAUGGCAGGCACACCGCGCGCUUUACCUGGAGGCGUACAGGAAGUGCUAUGCAUGGGCGGACGAAUGGUGCGAGCUGACUGUGGCGGACGCACAGCGGAUCGAGCAGGAGAACAUCGACAAAAUGAGAGAGAGCCUUUCUUUGACUGAUCGCUCAGAUAAUGAAGAAUUUAGCGAUGCAGUGGAUAGUGACGAAUUUGGCGAUUCAGUGGAGCGUGAAGAAUUCAGCGAUGCAGUGGAGGAUGCAGUGGAGGGUGCAGUGGAGAGGGGGGGGGGAGGGAAGGAAGCAGAGGGUGUGUUCAAGUCAGUAGCAGCUCUACCUGCUGUUGCUCCUGUGGCCGCAUGA